CUACUCUGCACCACUCUGCACUACUAUCGAAAUGGCCUUCAACCCUCCUGCCAUGGCUACACCCUCGCGGUGUGUUGCCGACUUUUCCCUGAAGCCAAUAGGCACCCAGCCCUCGUACUCCCAGCAAAUUGCCCAGGUGCAGGAUCUCCUCCGCGGAUCCGGGCUGAAGUCCUACAUGCAUGCCACGGGGACUACUAUUGAGGGAACAUGGGACCAAGUGGUGCAGUGGAUCGGGUUUGCGCAUACGCUGAUUCAUCAGACCGGGGUUUCCAGGAUCGAGACGGACGUGAGGAUCAUCACGAGGACUGACAAGGUGCAACCGAUGGAAGGAUAUGUUGCUUCUGUAGAGAGGAUUCUGUCUGCUUAAGAGGGAGAUCAUCUAAGAGCAGACUCGUAUGUAUCUGUACCAGAUGCUCGGUGCGGAAUUGGUUUCCUCCAGGGGUAGGAUACUUCAACACUACUGUAGUAAGUUUGCUAUGUGUCAUCUUAAGACCGGUGAGAUGAGAUUCACCCGGGUGAAGCUAAAUUAGUCAUGUCAUGGAUGUCUACUCUAAACUACAACCUAGUUCCUACAUAGACU